AUGCCACUAGAACCAAUAUCGACAGACGUAAAUACGUCCAGCACGACACGUGCAUCAUCCCUCCCCUCACCACCAAUAUCAUCAGCAUCCUCAUCACCAGCAUCCCAACAAUCCCAGCAAUCUUCGACAGGAUCACCGCAACAGUAUUAUUCGUCCCGAUACCAUAUGGGCAUCAACGUCGGGAUGAACCUUAUGAACUACCUCUCCCCGCACCACAUGUCUGCAUCGUCAUCACCUUCAUCACGAACACAUCACGGAAGCACGCAAACCUUUAUUCCACGUGCUAUUCAGCACAGUGGGUCGCAGGGUGCUGCUGAACGAGAGAGGGACUAUACCACGUUCGUUAAUUCGCCAUCUGGUGGUGCUCACACUACGUCGACCACGUCAGGAGGAGGAACAAGAGACACAUGGCUUCCACGCACCGUAAUUGAAUACACGUCGUCGUCACGUACAUCUGGACGUAUUUCUGCACAGGAUAUGUACCCUGAGUCCUUCGACCCAGCAAACAUACGACCACAAUUUCGAUCUAAAGUCGUGUGUGAAUUGAAGUGUCGGUAUUGCACGAGCACUGUGUGUAAACGGGGCAUGAAGGCCAUCUUGCUGGCUGAUAUGAAUGUAGAGCUUUACUCUACGGAUUUGCCACCUUUUGGAGUACAAUUGGUUAAUGAAGAUUAUCAGACGAGGAAUUGCCAUUGUCGGAUUAGGGAUGUCGCGUGUUUGGGAUGUGGUAACGUACUUGGAUAUCACGUAACUCAACCAUGUCCUUCUUGCAUGGAUGCAUGCAAUAAUGGUCACUUCUGGAUGCUUCACACCAGCGAAGUUGAAUCUUCAGAUCGUCUAACAACAGGCUCUAACGGCCUUCCAAGACCGAUGUUGUGGGCACAUUUGCCUGGAAUAGACAAGGAGAAGAUUGAUGAGCCUACUGAGCAAUACGACCGUAUGUGUCGGUGA